AUGCAAGUACCAACUCUUCCGAUCAAAGAAGCAUUUCGACGUUUGCCAAACUUCGCAAAACAUAUGCCGUCCUGUCUUACUUCCGCCAUAUAUGAAUCUAAUCAAAAAAAUGGAUUGGUAAAAGAAGAAGUAGCUGCAAUAAAAGCGUAUACUGCUCAAUGUGACGUUUAUAAACUUCUCAAUCAAGCACUUCGUAGUGAACAACUCAAGAAUAUUCAACCUUGGUUUUCUUAUUUGAAACUUUUUCACAUGGCUAUCAGCAAAUUGAAACCAAAGAAAGGAUAUUAUUGUCGGGGAGAAAAUAUCGAUCAAAGUAGUAAAUAUCAAGUUGGUUCUAUUAUUACUUGGGUACGUAAACUAAUUAAAAAUCUAUAUUUCAAUGAAUAA